AAAGACCAUGUACAAGCGUAUGUUAACAAAUUGUUGUGAUCUCUCAAUGUGUUACAAAUUGUAAGAACUGGAAUACUAAAUUAGAAAAUAUCAUUAAGAGAAACUUGUUGUUAAUGUUUAUCAUUCGUCAUAUUUCGCGCAGAAUUUCCAAUAUUAAAAGAAAGUUACAGAUAAGCAGCUACUGAAGGUUUAAGGAAUGGAUUAUGGGUGCAUGCUUAAGUUUAGAUGAAGAGGAACGUCGAGCUCGUUUGAGGAGUGAGGAGAUUGAUCGUCAGCUUGCUGAAUUAGCAAAACAAGAGCGGAAUGUGGUAAAAAUAUUGUUGCUAGGAGCAGGUGAAAGUGGAAAGAGUACAUUGGUAAAGCAGAUGAAGAUUAUUCACAAUGAUGGUUUCACUGAGGAAGAACUUCGAAGUUUUAGGCCUACUGUUUUAGACAACCUCCUAAGUUCAAUGAAGUAUGUGUUAACUGGAAUGGGAAUUUUGCGAAUUAACUUAGAAACUGUGAAAAACAGACACCAUGCUCAGACCAUCUUAUCCUGCCAGUGUUGUUUUGAUGAGCACUUCAUCAUGCUUCCCUUCAUAAGCAAUUCGUUGAAGAACUUAUGGAAUGAUAAGGGUGUAAGGCUGGCUGUGGCAAGAGGAUAUGAAUAUGAACUUAAUGAUUCUGCAAUAUAUCUUUUUGAAAACAUUGACAGGAUAUGUUCAGAAAAAUACAUGCCAACAGCUACAGAUGUCUUGAGAGCAAGGGUCAGAACCAAUGGAAUCAUUGAAACCCAUUUCAAAAUCAGUGAUAUGGUGUUCAGAAUGUUUGAUGUUGGUGGACAGCGCUCAGAAAGGAGGAAGUGGAUCCAGUGCUUUGACGAUGUUCGAGCUCUCCUAUUUGUAGUUGCUCUCAGUGGUUACGAUAUGAUGUUGCAGGAAGAUCCAAAUGUUAACCGUCUUUUGGAAAGCAUGAACCUUUUCUCUGCUAUUUGUAACAACAGGUUUUUCUGUGACACCUCAAUGAUAUUAUUUCUUAAUAAGUUGGACUUAUUUAGAGAAAAAAUUCUAUAUUCAGGCCGUCAUCUUCGACAUUAUGUGACUGAUUAUAAAGGUCCUGAUUAUGAUGUUGACAGUGGAGCUCUGUUUGUGCAGCACAAGUUUCAAGCCCAGAAUCGACACCCCAACAAAGUAAUUUAUCCUCACUUCACUACUGCCACCGAUACCAGUAAUGUACAGGUAGUGUUUCAGGUUGUCAUGGAUACAGUGAUUCGAGAAAACUUGAAAAGUGCCACUUUACUCUAAGUAGGUUGUUAAACUACAGUAUUGUAUAUUUUAUCUAUUGGAAGUGUCAGUGUUUGGCUGGAGGAGUAGAGCUGUAAGAAGAGAAAUAUUUCUGGCAACUAUGAAAAGUUAGUGUGGACUGCUGAAUGAAGUACUGCUGGCCUUCAGAGAGCAACACUUGUGGAAACAAUGACAGUGAUUGAUUGGUAAAUGAAAUGUUGCUAGCUUUUUAGAGUGAGAUAUUCCGGGACAUCAGAAUGAAGUACUUAUAAACUUUUGGAUAAAGUUUUUCUGACACUAGAGCCAAGUAUUGCUAUAUACUAUGAAAGUUUUGGUGAUCUACUGUAUGAAUUAUUGUAAGACAACUUGAUGAUAUAUUGGUGUAAUCUUGCAUGAAAUAUUUGCUGGUAAAUCUAAAAUGAAAUACUGAUGAAACUUGUUGAGUGAAAAUGUAUUAGAACUUGGAUCGUGUAACUUGUGGAAUUCCAGUAUUGCUGGAGAUGAAGUAGAACAAAGCAGGUAAUCUGUAUUAUUCAUCAAAAUUACAUGUGAUUUCAUUGAAUCUGAACAACUUUGAAGUUAUUGGUAUGAUUUAACUAUUUUUUGUAAAUAUGAAACUUGACUGUUAAAUGCAUAUACACACAUUACAAAUUUAUUUUUACUUUGCAUAAUUUAUUUUGUUCUGUUGGUAAUAUUCCUUCUAGUUCAAUAUCAUUACACUAAACCCAUGGGAGAUUCCAGUGUCUGUGGUUUAUUAUAGCUGUAAGCUACCUUUUCCUCUGAAGACAUGGAGGUCACCAUACUAUCAACUUGCUUUUAUCCAACAAAACUGGUGCUUUCUGUUUUUCAUUAUGAAGUUGGUGUGGCUGAUUUUUUAAUUGUAAAAGUACAAUUUCAUGGGCUUUCAGUGAUACUUAAUAUAUAUAUAUAUAUAUAUAUAUACACACACACACACACACACACACACACACACAUACAUACAUACAUACAUACAUACAUACAUACAUGAUUGAUAUAUUGAAAAAAGUACACUUUUAUGGCUUAAAAUAUUUAACUCCAAAAAUUGGCUGUUAAUUUUUUUAUGAUAAUUUGCCGAGCUAAAAUAUAUAUUUGUAGUUCAACUGCCUUUGACCCUUGUUUAUUUUAUUUUAGUUAUCUAAUCGGUGUAUUAUUUAUCCAGAAGGUAGAAUUAGUUUGGUUAAGCUGUCACAGUAAACAGCUAUUGACUGAUUAUGAGGAAAAAAAAUGAUCUGUUGCCCAAAAACAACCAGUCAAUAAUUGUUUUUUCCUAUCCUUUCCUCCUUUUCUGUUUUACUAAAAUUUGAUUAAUUAGCACUGUCACGUAGUAGAUUAAUCCCACAUCCCCAGGGCUACAUGUAAAUGUGAAAUGUUUGACAUUUCAUUGAAGAUUUGAUCUCAUUUUAAUAAUAAAUCAAUAAGAUUUAUCUGUAUGAUUAUUAUUAUUGUAACCAAACAACAUUUCACUGUAUCAUUAUAUGCAAUUCAACUAGUAGGCCUAUUUACUACUGGUAGCAUGGUUAUCAGGGGCAUAGGGCUACUUUUUAGAUAAUUGUAAUAUUUAUUUGAGAAAUAAUUAAAUUAAUCGAGGUUUGGUCACACUAAUUCAAUAAAUCUUUUACUGAAUAUCAAAUCGCAAAAACGAUUGUACAUUCUUGUGUUUAUAAAAUACAAUAAAUUAUGUAUCCACUUGUUUAACUUCAACAUAAAAUUUGUCUAAAAGUUAGUGAAACUUCUGAUGUUAUCAUCCACAGUCAACUUUCCAUGCAGUGCAGUAUAUGUCAUAUAUGCUUACAGUUCCUUUGAUUAUGUUUUUAGUACUCUUACUGUCUUUUUCUAGAAUGAGACUUUCUUCAUCUGUAACUGAAAUCUUAACCAAUAUGUCCACAUUCAUUUUACGGGUUUGAGCAAAUUAUUUGUAACUAGGCCUAAAUGAAUCAAUGUGUGUUCACUGUACUGUAGAAACUCAUCUGCAAAGCUCUGCUGCAACAUCACACAUGCAAGACAAUGGCCUUGACAACCAGGCAACAUUGAUGCAAUUUUUUGAUCAGCUUUUCAAGGCAACAUUUAAAAUGUUUCAUGCUAUAUGAUGCACUUUUUGCCAAUCACAGCAAAUAACUUAUGCUAGGGAGUAGAAUAAUAUAUUUUGUUAUUCUGUUUUGAGCUCAUCAUUAGUAAGUGUUGGAUUUCUUUGAAAAAAACUUAUUAGUGCCAUCUAAGAUUUUUAUCACUAAGAAUAAUAAAUUAAUUGUAUACUGAUCAUGUUGGUUGUAAAAUAUACAUUGGUACUGAAAAAGAAUGUAUUUGUGAUGAUAAAAGCACUGUAAGUCCUUUUAUUAUUAUUUUUAUUUGUUUUACAUGGAAAUGUUCCCAGAAUAUAUCACUACAAAUUCUAUGAAAACUGUGUGUGCAUCAUCCAAUUAGAAAUGGAACACUUGUUACAUCACUGUGAACAUUCUGUAGAUUACAGAAAGGUUUAUGUUUACAUUAGUAUAAGGAAAUAAGGUUACUUUUUGCAGUAUUCCUAAUUUUAGAGAAGCUUAGUAUCCAUUUCUAAUUAGUAAACCCAACAGCAAGAUGUAAAAACAAAAUCAAGGUUAUGCAUAAAAUAGUAACUGUUAUACAAUUUAAAAUAAAAUGGUUAUAGAUUAGUUAAUGUAACUUCAUUGACUGCUCAAAUAAUAGAACUGGCACAGAUUAACAAGAAGUUCAGUUUAAAAUGCAAUUCAAGAACAUCAUGUUAAUAAAUGGUUCAAACUAAGUAUAUGGUAAUUUUUAUUUAAAAAAAUAAAUAAUAAUCUGUGAGAAGGUGUCAGUAAAAUUGCAAAAUUUUCUAAAAGUUGAUUGUAACUGUAGGAAGCUAAAACAAAAUCCUGGUUAAUGUAAAGUUCAAAUUAAGUAUUUUGUAACAUUUUAUUUGGAAAAUUAAAAUUGAGAAAGCAAAUUGUCAAUACAAUUGCACAACAUUUUCAAAAGGGGGAUUGCAGAACAAAGUAGUCUGCAUCAGUAGCAUCAAGUAAGUCUUACAUAAGAAGGAUAUAUG